GGUGGAUAGGGGAAUGGUGGGUGGACGCUCGACGACCAGACCUGUUGAUCCAGACGACCUGAACUGGCGGUCCUUCUCUUCUAGCUUCAGUCUCCUCUCUUUUCUUCCUCUGUCGCCCUUCCUCCUGCAGAGAUGGCCGCCGUCAAGCUGAGCGAAGCAGAACGGGCGGCGCAGUUGAAGCCCCUCCUGGACGCUGGCUGGCAGAUGGUGGAGAACAGGGACGCCAUCAAAAGGACGUUCAUGUUCCAGAAUUUCAACCAGGCGUGGAGCUUCAUGAGCCAGGUGGCGCUGGCGGGCGAGAAGAUGGAUCACCACCCGGAGUGGUUCAACGUUUACAACAAGGUGGAGAUCACAUGGGCCACGCACGACUGUGGGGGCCUCUCCGCCAAAGACAUCAAGAUGGCCACGUUCUGCGACAAUGCCGCCAAACUCUUCGCCAAGUGAGAUAACGGAAACACAAAGGCCCUGCUCCGAGCGGAUUUAUCGCAAGUCUCGAGGCCGAGCUGAAGCUCAAAGGACCACGGAAACGUUGCUGAUGUUUAAAUUUCGACGUUAACGUUUCUUAUGUUUUGUUAUAUAUGAGAAUAUAAUUAUAAACAGAAA